AUGUCACACCCGGGCUCUGGCGUUGCUCAGCAAAUCGCUCUUUUCCGCUCCCAAAUCAACAACAAAAUAUUCAACGACCAUUCUCUUCGCAUUCUCGAAUCAGUUCUCGCUUCCAAAGACGUUAAAUCGCUUUCUCAACUACGGUCCACCUUAAAACAGUUCAUCAGAUCUGAAUCUCUCUCCGCUAUUCGCCAUAUUGCAUCCAAAUCUGUGGAUCAAAAGCUCUCCACUCUCGAAUUCUUUGUUCAAGCCUUCGCUAUCAUCGGCGAUAUCGAGAGUUGUUUGGCUUUAAGGUACGAGGCUCUGGUUCUUCGCGAACACAAGUCUCAAAUCCAACAAUGGUUGCAAGUUUCACCUGUGGAAUGGCUUAAUUUUGCGGAGCAAUCACUAGAUAAUUGCUUUUAUGCUAUUUCUGCAAAGGCCUGUGAUUAUGCAUUAUCAUGCCUCCAGAGGAAUGAAAUUGCAGGAGCCAAAACAGAUGAAUUGUAUGAAAAUUUGCUACUUACUGAAAGAAUAAGCAAAAUCAAGAAUUGUGCUCUAACAUCGGAAGCUUCCCGCUCUGUUCAGGCGCAGGCAGCAGAAUACUUGAGGAAGAGGAGUGAGAAAUGCAAAGCACAGCCUCCAAUUCGUAAGACAGCACCUUGUGCUGCCAGCACUCUGUACAGAAAGGGUAUCAAAAAGCGCAAUGACAGAAAAUUGCAAGUACGCCAGAUGGUGAAGCUCUGCGGUAGUGAAUCUGUGUAAACUGCAUACUCAGGGCUGCUACAUCCAAUUCCCCUCCACCAAGCACAAAGGGUAAACAUUGAAUGUCCUCUCUGCAUGCUGUUAAUUUUACC